AUGUCUGAAAUUACCUUGGGUCGCUUCCUUUUUGAACGAUUGAAGCAGGUCCAAUGCACAACCAUCUUUGGACUACCGGGGGAUUUUAACUUGCGACUCUUGGAUGAAAUAUACGAAGUGGAAGGAAUGAGGUGGGCAGGUAAUGCAAACGAGUUGAACGCCGCGUAUGCUGCGGAUGGGUAUGCUAGAUUGAAGGGCAUUGGGUGUCUCAUCACCACUUUCGGAGUGGGCGAAUUGUCGGCGUUGAAUGGUGUGGCUGGAUCUUUUGCCGAACACGUCGGGGUAUUGCAUGUGGUUGGUGUGCCAUCCAUAUCUUCCCAAGCCAAGCAAUUGCUAUUGCACCACACUCUAGGAAACGGUGAUUUCGGUGUUUUCCAUAGAAUGUCGCAAAAUAUCUCCAAAACUACCGCCAUGAUCACUGACAUCGCCACUGCCUGCCAAGAAAUCGACCGCUGUAUUAGAACCACAUAUGUGAGUCAAAGGCCCGUAUAUCUGGGACUGCCCGCUAAUAUGGUUGACCAGAUGGUAGACGCUAGACACUUAGAAACGCCAAUAGAUUUAUCCCUGGAGGCCAAUGAUGAGCAAGCCGAAGAAGAGGUGGUUUCUCAAAUUUUGGAAUUGGUGCGUAAAGCCCAGAAUCCAAUCAUCAUAUCAGACGCUUGCUGUUCGCGCCACGAUGUCAAACAAGAAGCAUGGAAUUUGAUUGACGCUACGCAAUUUCCAUCGUUUGUGACACCGAUGGGAAAAGGUUCAAUUCCAGAGAGACACCCUAGAUUUGGCGGUGUUUAUGUGGGAACACUUUCUUCUCCCGAGGUUAAAGCUGCCGUCGAAGCCGCAGAUUUGAUUCUAUCCAUUGGGGCGUUGUUGUCUGACUUCAAUACUGGUUCAUUCUCGUAUUCUUACAAAACUAAAAGCAUUGUAGAGUUUCACUCGGACCACAUGAAAAUUAGAAAUGCCAUUUUCUCUAAUGUGUCCAUGAAGUCCGCACUUCAGAAAAUUCUCGCCAGAAUUCCUGACUAUAUCAAAGAUUACAAACCUAGAGCCGUUCCCGAAAAGCCUGCACCAAAUCCAGAAGCCAAUGCGAAAACACCACUUACUCAAGAGUGGAUGUGGAAUCAGAUCGGAAAGUUCCUACAAGAAGGAGAUGUUGUCAUCACUGAAACUGGAACCUCUGCUUUUGGAAUAAACCAGACUCAUUUCCCUAAUAACACUUAUGGUAUUUCCCAAGUACUAUGGGGCUCCAUAGGUUAUACAACAGGUGCUUGCUUGGGUGCAGCUAUGGCUGCUGAAGAGAUUGAUAAGAAUAAAAGGGUAAUCUUAUUUAUUGGAGACGGGUCUUUACAAUUAACCGUCCAAGAGAUUUCGACAAUGAUUAGAUGGGGAUUGAAACCGUAUCUAUUCGUCUUAAACAAUGACGGCUACACUAUAGAAAAAUUGAUUCAUGGUCCCACAGCUAGUUACAACGAGAUUCAGAAUUGGCAGCAUUUGAAAUUACUACCAACAUUCGGAGCCACCGACUAUGAGGCUAUAAGGGUGGCCACUACAGGCGAAUGGAACAACCUGGCCGAUGACCCAGAGUUCAAUAAAAAUCACCGUAUUCGCUUGAUUGAAGUGAUGUUAGAUGUCAUGGACGCGCCAUCGUCUUUAGUAAAGCAAGCUCAGCUAACCGCUGCUAUCAAUGCCCAAACGUAA